ACUGUCCAUACAAUUUAUAUUUAGUCCAAGAGGCUGGUGAGAAGGAAAAAGAUCAUAAAGCAAGGCUUAGGGACGGCUGCUCUCUUCUAAGUGCAAAGCAGGCUGGCGCGAUGCGAGGGCAUCCGUGGCGCUCCCGGCAGUCCACAGUUCAGCAACAAAGUGCGGAAGUGGAAGGAAGUUUUUAUGUAUAAAGUACCACAGCGGUGUCUAGAAACAAACAGAAGAUGCUAGAAGGCAGCAGGAAUGGGGUUAAAAAUCAGGGCAACCAGACUAGGAAGAACUCGGUUUCCAGGGUAACGGCCCCGACAGUUCCGGCAGCGCAGGCUCGUACCAUUGCGCGGGCGCGCGCGGGGGGAGCACGGCGGGAGGGGACGCGCGAAGGAGCAGUCGGGCAGAGGGGUCCGGCCCGGACUCUACCAAACGCGCGGCCCGCCUGCUCGCCCCGGGCCCGGCGCCGAGCCGCGCUCCGGCCGCGCCGGCCGCGGCGUCCUCCGUGCCCGGGCCCGCAGCUCCCAACUGGCCGCGGACGGCGGGGGGUGGGGGUGAAGGAACGUGCGCCCGGUGGCCCGGAUUGGCCUCCAGGUCCCCCCGCCUGGGCGGCGGAGUGCGGGCGGCCCGGGCUGGGAGGUUUGAAAAGCGGGCGAGAGACAAAGGCAGCAGGAAGCCUCCUCGGCGCCCGGAGCCCGUGCUCUCAGCCCCCGGGACCCCCCGGCCGGCCCGCCGGCCCGGAGCAGCAGCGUCGGCGGCCGGCGGCGGCAGUGGCAAGAGGCAGAGGAUGCGGCAGGGGGCGUGGGAGCGGCGGCGGAGCGGGCGGAGCGGGCGGAGCGGCGCGGCCCGAGCGCGGCGUGGUUAGACCCGAGGCGGCGGAGGCGGCGGAGGCGGCGGCCCGGCCGGGCUCGGGAGUGAGUGAGAGGGCGCUUUCCCCGCCCGGGAUGUGAACACCGAGCGGAGCCCGG